AUGUCUCAAAACUAUAAUUAUCAGUUGAGCUUUUGGGACGAGCAAGAUGGGGGUGCUCGAAUCCUUCUAGAGCACAUAAGCAAUGGUCUAGAGUCCUGUAACAGCUUAGUUACAUUUUUUGAGGAGCGGAGCAAGCUGGAAAAAGAUUACGCUCGAAGACUUAGUGCCAUCACCGGAAAAUUACAUGCGGGAAUACAGCAAGCUCCGGAUUAUGGAAAUCUUGCCAAAAGCGUCAAGACCUUGCACUCAAGCCAGGAGCGCUUAAGUCAAUCCCAUUCGAAAGCAGCUGUAGCCAUACACAAAGACGCAUAUGCUGAACUCAAACAGUUCGUGCAAGAACUUCAGGCGCGCUACAAGACCGUUGACAUUAAAAUCCGCAGCCUUUGCAAUGAUAAAAUCACCAAACGUCAGCUAUGCGAUAUUUUGAAAGAAAAGCUGAACAAAGCAACCAUUGAGCUACGAGACUGUAAACUCAAUAAAGACAAUUAUCUUGGGAAGCGUGACUCAGACCAAAAUGAUAGGCAUCUGCUCAAGUGGAAAAGUAUUGCAGACGAGCUACAACUGAAGCUAGACGUCUUGAAGCAAGAAUACAAAGCAUCUUCAAAGCAUUGGCUACAUGAAUGGUCACGGUUGAGUCUUGAACUCCAAGAGAUGGAGAAGUCGCGCAUACAGUUUAUUCAAUUGAAAUCACAAGAAUUCGCCAAACACUGUUCUGAACUGGCCAUCCAAGAACAGAUCAAUAUGGAAAAUUUGACACAGCAACUAACAAAAUAUACGGCAGAUCAGGACAUUUCGAGCUUCGCCUAUAAUCACGGCACAGGCCGCAUAAGGGGAAAUAUUGCUUCUGCCUCAUCUACAAAGGAACAAAUUCAAUCUACCUCGAGCAAGCAUGUUCAAAACGUUCGGCUGUUAUCUUCGCAAUUACAAAAAACUAGGCUAUCAUCCCAUUACAACGAAGACAGGGCUUCUGUUCCGCAGUCGAUCCCCCGACCAGUCUCGCGAAUUGAGCCAGAACCACUGACUCAGUCACAUCCGAAAAUCCAUGGUUUGGAGCUGUCAAACUCAGCAGUACCCAAAGUUGAACAGCUGGAAGCUCCACCAAACUCUACCGCUGUGUACACAACAUCAGAAUCAUCUAAUGAUUCCUCGAAUCCAACGGACUUUACUACACACAGGAGGCGGCGUACAAGCAUUGAAUCAAUGAAUACCUCAAUUUCAUCCUUGGCACAUAGUAUUGAUGACUCCAGAAGGUUUGCGAAAUCUUGGAAUUCUCAGAAUAGACGGAAAUCCAAGACUAGGUCACAGCUUUUCGACUCAUCACAGGUAACAAGCAUGAACGAAAAUUCAAGAUCCAGCAGUAUGGAAACAACCCGUAUCCACGGAAAUCAAGAAUUCGCUACGGACUCGCAGUUGAGUCAACGUCGCAAAUCCAUGGUGAGAAACGAUUCAAACUCCAAUCCAUUUAAGCAGGCGCUUGAUGCAAUGAGAAAGAGCUCGGAAGAGUAUGAAGCCAGUGUUGAUAGUAGGCACUCGUCGCAAAAGAAGCCAUUGAUACCUUUCCAGCAAUCUCAUAAUACUACCACAAUUCACAAAGCUAAGUCACUUACUCAACGUGUGAUGGACGGAGAUCACUACGUGGAACUACCUACCUACAACAGUAAAGGCGAAGAAGUUAUUCAGUAUGCAAAAGCGCUUUACACUUUUAUGGAAGCAAAUGAGCAGUCUAUUGUCAACUUUCAUGUCGGUGAUUAUCUGCUUUUAACUGAGAAACUUGACGAUGACUGGUUCAUUGGAGAGGUUCUUGAUACAGCACAAAUUGAGGCCCCUUACCGCUGCGGCAUAAUACCGAGAAACUAUAUUGAGCUGCUGACGUAA